AUGUCUCUCAAAAUUCUUCUGAAUCUUCUGCUGAUCAUUGGUGUCUCAAUUCUAUUCCUUGUGCAGUGUGGUGGCAAGAAGAAGAGAAAAUCCACGGCGUCAGUUAAAAGUGAAAAAAGUGAGGAGGAGUCUGAUGAUGAGUCUGGAGCUGAGAGGAAAAAGAAGUCGAAGAAGCCAAAGAAAGAUAAGGAUGCGCCAGAGAGCCAAAAUCCAAACGCACCAAAACCACCAAAGAAUAUGGCUCAGAUUGCGGCGACUCAAGAUCCAAACUAUCAGACAUUGGCUGGUCUGAAUAACGACGCCGUUUUUGGAGGAGGUGGUGCGGGAGGUGCAGGAGGAGGUGCCGGUCCAAAAGCUCCCCCAGCUGGCACGAAACCUGGAAUGGCUGGAACUCAGGAUCCUAAUUACCAAACAUUGGCUGGUUUGAAUAAUGAUGCAGUUUUCGGAGGUGGUGGUGGUGCUGGAGGGGCUCCCAAGGCUCCAGCUGUCGGUGGAAAAGCAGCCACCAACGAUCCAAAUUAUCAGACUCUCGCCGGACUGAACAACGACGAAAUUUUCAAACCUGGUGGCGCUGGUGGAGGAGCCGGACCAAAAGCUCCAGUUGCUCCGGGAGGAAAAGCCGCCACAAAUGACCCGAAUUAUCAGACACUGGCCGGUCUGAAUAACGCCGACAUUUUCAAGGAUAAGGCUGGAGGAGGAGGAGGGGGCGGAGCCGCCGGACCAAAAGCCCCAGCACAAAUUGGAGCAAAAGCGGCGACCCAUGAUCCCAACUACCAGACACUGGCCGGUCUCAAUCAGGAUAUCUUUGGUGCUGAUAAGAAGAAGUUUUAG